GAGGCCCAGCUGCAACCAGGUGAACAGGCACCAGGUGAACAGGCACCGCCGGGUGAACAGCCGCAGCAGCCGAGAGUGGAGCUGGUGCCGGAUGGCUCCCACAGCUGGAGGGUGGCCGUUGCGGCGGCAUGGAACAUCUUCUGCUGCUCCCUGCUGCGUCGCGCCAUGCCGGUGAUGUUCCCCGCUGUGGGAGACGCGUUCGCCACCACCUCCAAAGGCGUGGUCGCCUGGAUGAACGCCUUCAUCUACAGCCUGGCAUACACGCUGUCGCCCGUGGUGACCGUACAGUGCCGGACCGUGCCGCUGAAGGUUUUGUCCAUCGGAGGCGCAGUGCUGGUCGGCGUGGGCCCGAUAAUGUGCUUCUUCUUGGGCAGCCUCGCCCUUAUGGUGCCAGCGAUAGGAAUCUGCUGCGGCCCCCAUGGAUGUCUCCGAGCGACCCUAUGCCAUCGAUACACCGACCAGAGGGCGCGGAUGACCGUCCAGCGGCUGAAUUAGAGCAGGGCCCCAAGGGAGGCGCCUCCGAGAAGCCGGAUGCAUCCAAGCAGAUGUCGGUGGCAGGCGAAGACCCCUCGACCGCCGGGAAUAAUCCCGCACCUGUUUCGGGCGGCGCCUCAGGAGCAGCUUCGGUCGAUCCCGGCAUGGCGGCCCAGGCCGAAGGAAUGGAACCACAUCCCGAUGGAGACCAGCCCGCAGCGGUGCCCGAAGGCCAAGCUAACGCCGGUCAGCAGCCCGAGGGGACCGCCGCGGAGCCGCCUAAGGUGAUGUCGCCUACCGGAGUCGUGGGGGCCACUGUGGACGGUACGGUGGCCAAAACCCUGGCUGCGCACAGCGCGCUCACCUCGCUGUCGGUGACGGCUGGCGCGCUAAUCUACGACUACGCCAUGGACGGGGACCCGGUGCGCGCUCCUUCGGCCACCCUCGCGCUGGUCUCGUACGGCGCUGGCGACCUCGUCGGGCGCAUGUGCUACGAGACCCUUCUCAGCAGCGGCGACCACCGGAAGGUGAUGGCGGUGCAGGCGUUCCUGCAGGGCGGCGUCCUUUUUCUCAUGGCGAUGACCAACGAAGUCUUCCUGCUGGCACCGGUUGGCUUCGGCCUGGGCGGCAUCAGCAGCACGCUGGACCUGCUGCCCGUGCCGGUGCUGCAGCGCUUCAUCGAACCGGACGCCGUGGAACGCCAGCUGGGGAUAUGCCGGGCCGCCUCGGGUAUCGGAUGCCUGCUCGGACCGGUGUUUGUCAUGGUAUUCCGGGACGGCGAAAUGCAGUCCUACGCGGUCGUCUUCAUCUUGUCCGGCCUCCUCUCGAUCAUUGCCGGCGUACUCUGGCUCCCUGGCAUCAAGAAGGAGAUGGACGAGGCUAGAGGCAAGACGACACCAUACCCGAAAACGGAACUAGUGGUAGCUGAACCGGGAGCGGGUGAACCGGGAGCGGGUGAACCGGGAGCGGCUGAACCAGGAGCGGCUGAACUAUCACCGCCGUUGCCCGGAGCGCUCGAACCGGCCGCGGGCGAACCUAUUCCGGGAGAACCUGGUUCCCCGCCCGAUGCGGCAAUACCAGGCGCUCAAAUGCCAGCUGCGAAUCCGGGUGCUAUGGCCUAACAUCCGCCACCGGAUCAGGUGCCGCCGUGCCACCGGCUCGUCCGGCUUUGAAAGCGGCUCGACUCGACUCGUAUCUGCUCGCCAGCGGCCUUUUCAUUAUUUUUUUCUCUUUUUCAUCGAUAUAUACCCGCCCGGACGUAACCUCCUCGUGCGCAUACGCAGUGUGUUGUGUAAAUAUAAGAUACGCAGCUUCACGUUGCCGUGACAACCAUCCACGGGUACGAUUAUGGCUAAUUAGUUAUUCAUUUGCAAUGUUGUAAGCCUGCUCGUGUAUGGCUUUCUUUUUUGUUACUCUUUCGUGAUACGAACGCGAACGUAACCUCCCCGUUAGCAUGCCCAAUGUGGUUCGUAAUAUCUGUUGCCGUGACAAACUCACGGAUACUAUCGUGAAAAUUUUAUUUUCAGUAAUAAAACCUGCUCUCUAGUGUUUUUUUUUUUUUUUGCGACGAUGUGUUAGGAUGCGAAAUAAAGUAUAAGUAUGCACCAACUAGGACCAGGAACGAAUAGUGAUGCUUUUCUGU